AUGCCAUCCGAGCCUAUAUAUCCUGAAGCCAAAACAUACAGAUCAUCGAUUUCCAGCACCCAGAAACGGCACUUCACCCAAACAGACGACAGCUGUUCCGUGGGAACUAUGUCAAACUCUGACUCCAAAUCCCAUCUCACAGUCUUUUCGAACCCUCCUCCUUUGGGCUCCAUAAUGGGUUCCCUGUCACCAACAACACCCUCACCGUCCCGACCUCCGAGCCCUGUACUAGCGGCCCGAGCCUCACAUGCAGUGGAAUUGGAUCUUGCUGGCAUUGGGGGACCGUUGCCGGUUCGAUUCAAAAGACAGCAAAGUCUUGAUUUUCAUCAAUCGGAAGACCGAAGCAAAACUCCUCAACAAGAUACCAGCCUAGGCGAGUGUAAAUGCCCAUCUCGUGACCCAGCGGUCGCCAACGAUCUUUCAGACUCGGACCCAGAAGAAGAAGAUGUCGACAUCGAUCUCGAGAACACUGCAAGCAUCGCAUUGUCUCUAUGCUUUGGGGUUACUCUUGACCGCCUUCUCCGGCCGAUCCGCGUCCUCGAUGCUUUCUCUGGGUUUAAAGAUCGGUGUGCUGAGAUUCUUCAGGAGGAUGAGAAUUUCAGAUUAAUAGAUUGGGAUGACGACGGUUUUUCGUGCUUCGAUGUGGAGGAAACUCCACCUGCACACGAUGCUCACCCUCCCGAAAAGACCUCGAACGGGGCUCAACGAUCAACUCCGCCGACAAAGAAACGCUCACGAGGACCAGAGGACGAAGCUGAUGAGUUGGACAGUUCGAAUCUGGAUCCGAAUCAAUGCCAAGUUUCCUACAAGCGAGGACCUUACAGGAAGAGACGCGAUGCCAGUGAUCUGAGUUGCCCUUUCAGAAAACGCAACCCCAGGAGAUUCAACGUGCGAGAUCAUUUGGCAUGUGCAAAUGUAUCCUUCAAGGACAUGUCAAAGUUGAACUCUCAUAAGUCCUUUGGAUGCUGUAACUCAGAACUAACUUCAGGGCCUAUCUCAAGGAUUCAUUUACGCACACAUCAUAUCAGACCUUUCUGCCGUUGGUGUAUGCAACCAACUGGCGAUGGCCCCUCUCAUUCCCCCCAAGAGUGUAUCCGCUAUAGCCAGACGGGCGCCGCUCUCGAAACUCGACCGCGAGACCCCGAAGAUGGCCUCAAUACACAAACAGGAAUCAUCCUCAUGAGCAGGGCACGCGGAUCAAGGAUCGAAGACUGGGCUUCCAUGUGGCGAUUACUGUUUCCAGGAGAUGAGAACGUGCCAUCUCCAGAAUUCGAGCCAGUGAUUGAGCACCACGAUAUCGCUGAUGAUGGGUAUAACUUCUGUGUUCACGAUGUCACAGAUGCGGUCAUCAGCACUAUCAGUGAUCAAUUUGGGCUUGUACACCAACGACACUUCAGCUUGUCUACUCGCCAGACAAUCAAAACGGCUAUCCAUACCAAGUUGCAACCCCUCUUCAAAGGUUCACCGUACGCUGUCUUGAAGCAAGUGGAAGUUUCUGAAGAUCCCUCGACGCUCACAGACCUAAAUCAAACGAUUCACGGUAUUCUUAAUGCUUCAACAGCUCUUGAUGACAGCGAUACGUCGGGAGAUAGCGAUAUGUCGCCAGAUAAAAUCACUCCGCCUGGAUCCACAUCUCCAGACCAGCCCUCGGGAUCAGGAGAUACUUUGGCUGCAAAUUCGGCUCCAGUGACUCAUGUAACAGAGCACACGGGUUGGCAACCUGGUUCUUCACAGUUUCAGGUGGAACAUCUUCCACGACCCAACUCUGCUUUUAGCGGAUUGCCAACUGCUUUCUUUGGCAAUGAAAACUUCCCCAGUCUCGCCAGACUUCCUCAGCAGUCACAGUUCCCCAACUUUGCCGGCCAUCCUGAAGUCCUGGGCGAUUGGCCAUCUCAAUUUCCGGGUACAUUUACAACUACACCUGCGGACGACGAGGAUUUAUCUUUCAUGUCUGUGUCCUGGAUAGGCCAGCCAACUGGUUACGAUCCGUGGUUUUGCUCUGCCCCGAAUAAUGAACAUGAGUACUCCUUUGGUGGCCCUAGUCAACCUCCCCGACAAUAGGCCUGUAAAGCGGUACUUGUUGAAGGCUUGACUUGAUCGCGGUCAUAUUCCGGCCUGCCUUGUGGAUCAGAACAAGCUUAGAGCCAAAAACCAGUCGGUAGGUUAUUUGUGUUGAUUGAGCGAGUGCCAGAAGAACGACGGAAGAUGAGAAUGUACUUCAAUUACAGCAUUUCCAAGGC